AUGGUCGGGCCCGCAACACCAGAAAAACGCUUGCUAUGGCACCCUCGCCAGAAUAAUAAAUUCGUCGUUGGUGGCGGGUCUCAAAUGACUCUCUACGAAUGGGCUCCAGGAAAUCCAGAAAUUAAACAUGUCACAUCCCAGCACGAUUUGCAGUUUAUGAAGUGCUUUGCAUGGUCUCCUGACCCUGCCUUUGAUGAUCUUUUUGCCAUUGGACUCACCACAGGCCGUGUGGAUCUCCUGCGUCUCGAGGCGACUAAAUAUGCCCGCAAUAACGUUCUCUCGAAAGGACCUGCGGUGUCACUUCCUGUACGCAACUCCAGGCCUUGCAAUGCCUUAGCUUUCUGUGAAGCAGAUCCAAAUUACCUCGCUGUUGGACUAGAUAAAGUUCGUGGAGACUCCAGUCUCGUUAUUUGGGACAUCAGCAAUUCCACUCCUGCUUUAUCUCUGCCUACACCCCAAACCACCUCAUCAUCGGUCGUCCUGCCUUCUCUCGCAGUGCCUGACAGCAACGGCGUUUCGCCUUUAUUUCCUCGUAUCCCUAAGACCGAUGUCGCUCCUCGGACAGAUUCUCGCGUACUACAGCAACUUGCUGGCGCAGAAGUCGUAUCUGCCGUUGCCUUUCUCCCACAUUCAACAAACUUGCUUCUCGCGGGCACGUCUGCAAGAUGGUUACGUUUCUACGAUCUUCGUGACUCAACACCCGUCAAAGCCCACAUAGCUAGCCGAGUGCACGGCAUAGCCACAGACCCGCUCAAUCCGCACCAGAUUGCUAGCUAUGGUGACGGUAUCGUUAGUGUAUGGGAUGUGCGGAAGUUUCCACACCCGUUGCUUACAUUUACUGAGAAAGAUGCUGGCGCGGAUGGUGGGGCACGUCGGUCGACGGGGACUGUUCAUCAGAUUGAAUUUUCGAGGCAUAGAAGUGGGACUUUGGCCGUGCUAGAGCGCGAUGCCUCUUAUGUGCGGUUUUGGGACUUGAAGCAUGCACGACCUGUCGAAGGUUCUGGGUCGUCGGACGGAGAGCGUUCGAGAGACUCGUCAACAUCGAGGAUGGUCAGAAGGUCAUGGGCAAAUUUGCCUUGGUCUGCGGCGGGAUAUGGUGGCGGCGGCAGGCAAUCUGUUUCUGAAUCACACGAGUCGUCCACUGUCGUACUUUCCGAUACGCGCAAAACCAAAUAUUUCAGUCGACCACUCGCCUCGUUUUCGCUUGUACCGAGCCCACAAACGCAUGCUUUGACAUCCAAUGUCAUGGUAAUAAACAGAGAUGGCGACCUCGAGCUUUACGCUGUACACGAUACACCCAAGCAGAUAGCAUGGAGUUCUCGGGGAGAACUACUGAUCGGUGCCGGCUUAUCAUGUAAAGUUAUCGCUGGAUCCCACGAGACCGAGGCUCCUCCAGAACCAUGGGAUAUACCUGUAGCAACUCAGCGACAAUUUGGAUUUAGUGGCGAGACUGGUACGUUGUCUGAGGCACCUCUGAAUGAGGAAUCUAGUUUCCGAGGACGCACUUUGAGGGCCACGUUUGGUCGUGGAGAUGAAGAUGGAUUCCCUGCGCUUAUCACAGGCUCUAAUAAGAUCUCAUCCUCCAGACCUAUAAAGACUCGAACGUACAGCCCUGCAUCUAUUCGACGCUAUCAACUGGAAGCUGGUACUGCAGGCGAUGGGAAUGAACUUAAGCCUGCUUCGCGGGCGGCAGGGCCGGGUGACCAGCGACUGAUUACUAAUGGCGAGGUGGCUCUCAGCAAAGAUGGGGAGGGUAUGAGAGCAAAGAACCAUCGCGUGCAUGGAGACAAAAGCACAUCGAAAGCAAGGAAGAUGAGUUCGAGGAACGUUCAACAUAUUAUCGAAGAUGAUAUCUCGAUGACUAUGCGGCGUAGGACUAUACGAGGGUACGGUAUAGCCAAUUCCCAUCACAAUUUUACGGUCACCCGAGAGGAUAGCUUGAUGGAUGCAACGUUGUCAGAUUUGUGGGCCUGGAUGAAUCAUUCCCGCGACAUUUUGUCCACCCCAACGUCAAGACUUCAUGGUUACGAGUUCUCUCACCAAGGUCUUCUUGGUAUCUGGGAAGGUUUCCCUCCCGUUCCACAGCACCAGGUCUCCGUUUCUGCCCCUACAUUCACCUCUUUCCACACGUCACCAUCUAGACUCGGGCUGGAGAACAGCCAGUCUUCGCUGCUGUCGGUUCUAACUGGACUAUCUGAGAAACAAACUUACGGCUCAGAAAUUGUAGUUCAAAGUGAUUUCCAAUCUGCCAUAGCCGAUCUGUGUACACGAAGGGAAAUCGAUAAGACGUCCUGGAAGCCCACUGUAUCUACGAAUAAAUUGGAGCAGAGACAACUAGCCCUGCAAUUGUGUGGCUGGAGUUUGAGGGAGGAGGAUCUUGCUCUUGCCAUCAAGAGAUGGGAGAAGGAUGGCAAGCAUUCUCGCGCAGCUUGCUGGCUAGUGUUCACUCAUUCGUACGAGAUCAGGGUCCGCGCCUAUGAACUCCACCACAUGAUGUCUGGUACGCUGGCCGCCCUUGUCCCACAGAAGUCAGGUAGCUCGAACUUGAACACUGCACUGAGAGACUACUGUGAACGCCUUAUUGUCCGACUUCAGGACCCUUAUUUCCGUGCUCUACUCACCCAACUAACGUCUAAAGACUGGUCAGAGGUCCUCGAAGAAGAAGCGUUGCCCCUCCGCGAACGCCUCGCCGUCGCUUUCCAGUUCCUCGACGAUAAGGCUCUGUCUUCUUAUUUACGACGAGUCGCCGAUAGAUGUUGCAUGCAGGGCGACAUUGAAGGUCUCAUCGUCACUGGGCUGACGUCGUCUGGAAUGGACAUCCUCCAGAACUACGUCGAUCGGACCGGUGACGUCCAAACAGCGGCCAUCCUCUCCUCCUUUGUCUGCCCGUCUAAAUUCCAGGACACUCGCACCCUCCGCUGGCUCGAAGCCUAUCGCGACCUGCUCGACGGUUUCAAGCUCUUCCACUUCCGUGUUACAUUUGAUAUUGAGAGGGGCCAGAUUCUACAGGAAGCUGUCAGGAGUGGGGACCUGGCGCCGUUCGAUUGGGCGCCAAGGCAGAUUGUUAUCCGCUGUAAUUAUUGCAGCAAACCGCUGGAUCCAUCGCUUGCUAAUCCGAAAAGCAGGCCGAUGGCUUGUCCCAACUGCAAUCGUGCCUUGCCGCGAUGUUCCAUCUGUUUGACAACGCUCAGCAUCGUCCCAGAUGCCGUCCGCGACCAAGAGCUGUCCCAAUCUCAGUCAUACUUCACAGAUACCAUCGACGAGGCCAUUAUCAUAUGCCAGAACUGUCGGCAUGGCGGCCACGCCUCACACAUCCUAGAGUGGUUCUUCGGUGAAGAGGGCAUCCGUUCGCACGGCGUGUGUCCCGUGGCGGAUUGUGACUGCCGCUGCGGUGAGGAGCUCUAACACCCGGAUUUCCACCACCUUCGCUCUCUGUUCAAUAUACCCUUCUGUAUCAUUUGAAUCCUAUUACUUUCGUAAUUUCAACCCCCCCACCUUCAGCCUCGCAUUUACAGUUAUUUUCUUCGGUGCGACUACCUUGAUAAAUUUCAAAGAUUUUGUCCCCUUGUAUUGUAAAACCUUCCGCUUCAUGUGUUAUAUACUAGUACGCCCUUUUUUGUGCGAUUUAUUCGGUAAUGCUACAUGUAAAAGGAUGAGACUCUAUCUUUGC